UUAACUUCCAGUACAGAACUUCCAGUACAGAUCACGCUACAGUAAUCAAAGUAUGGUAUAAAUUCGUGAACAUUGUCUGAACAGAUCGCGCUACAGUAGUUGGGGCAUUGUAUAAAUUCGUGAACAUUACAUUAAUAGGUCGCGCUACACUAACCAAAGUAUGGUAAAAAUUUGUCCACAUUGCCUGAACAGGUCCCGCUACAUUAUCAAAGUACGGUAUAAAUUUGUGAACAUUUUCUGAACAGAUCGCGCUACAAUAGUUUGAGUAUUGUAUAAAUUCGUGAACAUUACAUUUAUAGGUCCCGCUACACUAAUGAAAGUAUGGACAGAUCGCCGUACGGUAAUCAAAAUACGGUAUAAAUUUGUGAACAUUGCCUGAACAGAUCAAAGUAUGGUAUAAAUUUUCGAACAUUACCAUACUUUAGUGGCUAGUAAUUCUGGACUUCUAGUAAUUUAGUCUUCAAAGCAAUAUCAUCUUACAUUUUGUUUUACAUUAUCAGUCAUAUAGAUCUAUAUUAUUGUCCAUAAAUAUGUCUAUACAUAAGUACCUCUAAUGUAACUAUGUAUAUAAUCGCUUGGACAUUUUUAUUGAGGGAAACUAAAUAUAGCAUGUACGUAAAGGAGAGACACAGGUGAAAUAAAUGACAAAAAAUUAAACGUCAUUAAGAUAAAGAGGGAAACAGUAAAUAUCCUACUGACUUUUUAAAGUAGAUCUACGAUACAUUAUUGCACACUUGAAUGACACGAAGUAUAAUGUUCUUGAUUACGAUUUGGUCCAUAUUUUGAAAAAAUAAAUAAUAGAACCAUUGUUUUACAUAUAGAUUGAACAACAUAUAAAACAUGUAUCAUUCUCUACAAAACGAUUGUCCAUAUAAUGAUAUGUGCAUUUAAUUCCGGAAAAGGAAGUUGCAAAAAAGCGUUACACUUAGUGACAGUUUUACGCCAUUUUCUCAGAACUGUUACAUAUCUUCGUCUUGAUGCAUUUGCAGUUAUUUUCCAGUGCUGAAAUUAUAAAUAGCUUGGUUGAACAUAUUUUACUCCAAGUGUUUGUUUUUUAUUUCUUAAAAAAAAAUGAUAUUCUUUUUUAAAAGGGAGACAACUUUUGUUAAUUUUUUAAGUAUCCAGUAUCGUACGUGUCAAUACGUUAAAAUAUGUAUUGGACAGGUAGAUUGUUUGUUAUUUAAAUAUGUCGUACUUUUACCAAAUAUUUCUGUGGCUGGAUGAUUUACUACUAAACCUUAAGCUUCGUAUGUCAUGUAUUAUCUGAAAAUGGAAAAAAAUUGGAGUCUUCUUUUUCCCUAAAGUUCUGCCAUUAAAGUGCCUUUAAAGAGUCUGUUUCUUUCACUACUGCAGUUUAUGCAGUGUAGGAAAGUACACGACACGGAUACUUUUUACUGUAUUUUAGUGUGUGCAGAUCUUUCUGUAUUUUUAAGUAAACAGAAAAAUUUGGAUUCUUCUUUUUCCUGAAAGUUCUGCCAUAUGCCUUUAGAGAGUCUGUUUCUUUCACUACUGCAGUUUAUGCAGUGUAGGAAAGUACACGACACGGAUACUUUUUACUGUAUUUUAGUGUGUGCAGAUCUUUCUGUAUAUUUUAAGUAAACAGAACAAAACAGAUAUCAAAUUGAUAUAUGUUCUAAAAUUAUACGAUAACAAUUCUACGAUUUUAAUGUUAUAUUUUCUUUGUAGAGAAUACGAGUGUUACUACAGUGAUGGAAGAACCCUUUACUGUGAAAGCUGUUGCGAAUACGAGUGUUGCGAAGGUGGGGACGGACUGUCUGGUGGUGCCAUUGCAGGGAUUGUAGUAGGUACUAUAAUUCUCUUGGCUCUGAAAGUCUGCUGUAUCUGUGCCCGAGUGAGGAGGUAUCAACGAUGUACAAGAACAACUAUUGUCACUGUCCCAAGAUCUGUUGUUCUAACUAAUCCACACCAUGCCGGCUACGACCAAACAAGAAUUCCAUCUAUUCAUCAGCCAAACCCUGAUAAAAUAAGGUUAUCUGAAAAUCAAGUAAGCAACACAAACCAGACUGGAUACGACCAACAGGUGCCCAAUUUCGAGCCAAUCCCUCCACCGCCGUAUGAGAGUGUAACUAAACAAACACAGAAAUGAUCUGGUUGUGCAGAGAGAUAGCAGGGUAAAAUAACUUAUCAUUAUAAAGCAUGUCUAAAAGACCACUUAUAUAUGAAAAAUAAGUGACUUGUAAGGCCAGGUGGUCUCUGUCAACAUGUGACUUUUAACACAGGCUUGACUGUAUAUUUGCUAGUAGUUUAGACAAUUCAUUUACAGAGUCAAACAAGUUUGUGCUAAUAAUGAAAAUGAUGUAGAUAGAAAUGUAAAUGUUUUAUAAGCAAUAUUUAUUUGCACUUGCCUAUAAUAAGUCAUUAAACGCUAUCAACUUCUUAUAAUCGAGAUACUGCUAAAGUGAGCAUAUUUAUUUUGUGUUUUUUUCGGCAAAAUCGUUCAUACAUAGAGGAAAUUUGAAAUGUUUAUACUGCAAGAACAGUACAAGUUUGAUGUUACGAUUCUUACAUCUUUUACUUUAACACUAGACCGUUAGGCAAAUGUAGAAAUUUACAUAGCUGCAAUUAUAUAUUAUCUUUACCGUUCGUUUGCAUUUAGAGAAUAAAAAAGUUAUUUAUUACUUGAAAAGAAACUUGUUUUUAGAUGCUUUCAUAGCUAAAACAACAUCAUAGUAAAAUGUGGUAUUCUGCUUCAACAUUUUUGUGUACACAUUUUACCUAUUCUGUCAGUUCUGCUUUUCGAUGAAAUGUCACUUUUAUUACAACACUCCAACUUUUUGUUUUUGUGUUGUAUGCUUUGUUAUCGAAUGGAAUUUUCAAUGAUUAUCGGCGUUAAAGUAGAAAUGAGUGAAAGGUUUUUAUAUGCGCUAUUUAAAGAAAUAGAACUGUGUCUGGUCAUGCAUAAUAAGUGAAAGUAGUCCGGCAACAUAAAAAAAAUAUACAGUGCGUUUUUUUCCAACCUGUUCAUAUUUACUUGUCAAAUACAUUAUAUAGGUAGAUAUAUGAAAAUUUAUAUUCAGAUUUUACAUUUUUGUGUACUUUAUACUGUAAUACUUUUUGAUCAAAGAAGUGUGUUUAAUCAUAAGGUUAAAACGAACUAAAAAGCAACAUAAUUAUACAUGACGCUUGAACUAAAGGGUUAUUGUUUGAGUUUCAUUGAGAAAUAAAGAGAAUUAAUUGUCGAACAUAUUUUAAUAAAUAUCUGAAUUAUUUUAA